GGACGGCUGAACCAAUCACAGAAGACUGUUGCAGCUUUCCCUCCAAAAGUCAACCAAUCAGAUGUUGUUGUUUGGAUUCUUUGUCUUGAAGUUUCACAUGCGGAAGCUUCCAGAGUCUUUUCUGUUCUGGUCUGCAGGCUGAGCAGAACUGACUCCUGCAGGAUCACAGGAACUUUCAGGAAAAUCUCCAAACAGGAGAAAAGUUUCUGUUUGGACCUUUUUUCUGUGAUUGUGAGACUAGCAGAUGAUCGAUCGGAGCUGCAGUGAAGAGGACGGCGGUGUUUGUGGGAGUUGGAGCUGAAGAUCGGAGCAGGAACCAUGUCUUCAGAACCUCAGGAAGGUUCUGUCAGAGAACAACUUUCUGCUGCUGAAGGAACCAUCGUCCAGAACGAGGAGGAGCUCUGUCGUCAGCGCAGACUGCUGGAUAGCAGCUGGAACCCGCAGCUUCAGCUACACAUUGCAGUCCUCCCCCAGCAUUGGACGAUUGAAGAGGAAGAUCUCUGCAACCAGCAGAGGAACUUCAGUGUGAAACAGGAGGAACCAGAACUUCCACAGAUUAAAGAGGAACUGCAGGAUCUAGAACCUCCACAGAUUAAAGAGGAACUGCAGGAACCAGAACCCCCACAGAAUAAAGAGGAACCAGGAGAACUUUGCAUAAGUCACAUGUCAGCAGUCCUCCCCCAGCAUUGGGUGACCAAAGAGGAGGAUCUCUGCAACCAGCAAAGGAACUUCAGAACGGAAAAGGAGUAUCCAGAACUUCCACGUUAUGAAGAGAAGCAGGAGGAACAAGUACCUCCACAGAUUAAAGAAGAGCCAAAUCAGCUCUUCAUCAGUCAGGAUGAAGAUCAGCUCGAUCUGAAACAGGAGACUGAUACCUUGAUGGAGAUUCCUACUUAUGAGGAAGAUGAAAACAGUGAAGUAACUGAUAGUCAGGAUGAAGAAGGAACCAGACAUGACGGAUCAACAUCAACUACAGAUGAAGAGACAGAAUCAACAUCAACUUCAGAUGAAGAGACAGACCUACAGAACAGGUAUCAGAGGAAGAGAAGAGACAUAAGUCAUGUUCAAAGUGUGGACAGCGCUCACAUGUCAGCAAGUCAAUGUGACUCUGAUGUUAGAAAAAACAAGGCAAGCUUGGGUAAGAAACGUAAACAUUCUCGAAUAGAAGAGAGACUUUCCUCUUUUAGAUCUGGUGAAAGUUCGAAAAUAAUUGGUGAUGGGCCUGACUACAUGGGAACUGUGUCUGAUGAAAGAUGUUAUAUCUGUAAAGAAUGUGAGAAAAGUUUUAGGUACAGAUCUAGUAUCAAAACACACAUGAGAACUCACACAGGAGAGAAGCCUUAUUCCUGUAAAGAGUGUGAAAAAAGUUUUAAUCAUUCAUCUCAUCUAAAAAGACAUAUGAGAACUCACACAGGAGAGAAGCCUUUUUCUUGUGAAGAAUGUGAUACAAGUUUUAGGCACAGAUCUAGUCUCAAAACACACAUGAGAACUCACACAGGAGAGAAACCCUUUACUUGUAAAGAAUGUGAAAAAACUUUUACUUCUGUAUCUAAUCUCAAAACACACAUGAUAACUCACACAGGAGAAAAGCCCUUUUCUUGUAAAGAAUGUGAAAGCAGUUUUUAUCAAAUAUUUGCUCUUAAAUCACAUAUGAGAACUCAUACAGGAGAGAGGCCUUUUUCUUGUAAAGAAUGUGAGUCAAGUUUUAGUCACAGAUCUAGUCUCAAAACACACAUGAGAACUCAUACAGAAGAAAUGCCCUUUUCAUGUAAAGAGUGUGAAAAAAGUUUUAAUUCUGUAUCUAAUCUCAAAAAGCACACGAGAACUCACACUGGAGAAAAGCCCUUUUCUUGUAAAGAGUGUAAAAAAAGCUUUAGUUAUUCAUCUAAUCUGAAAAGACACAUGAGAACUCAUACAGGAGAGAAGCCUUUUACUUGCAAAGAAUGUGAGAAAAGUUUUAGUUCUGUAUCUAAUCUCAAAACACACAUGAGAACUCAUGGAGGAGAGACGCCUUUUUCUUGUAAGGAAUGUGAAAGCAGUUUUAAUCAAAUACUUGAUCUCAAAACACAUAUGAGAACUCAUGCAGGAGAGAGGCCUUUUUCUUGUAAAGAAUGUGAUUCAGGUUUUAGUCACAGAUCUAGUCUCAUUACACACAUGAGAACCCACACAGGAGAAAAGCCUUUUUCUUGUAAAGAGUGUGACAAACGUUUUAUUUCUGUAUCUAAUCUCAAAAAGCACAUGAGAACUCACACAGGAGAAAAGCCUUUUUCUUGUAACGAAUGUAAAAGAAGUUUUAGUUAUUCAUCUCAUCUCAAAAGGCACAUGAAAACUCACACAGGAGACAAGUAAAUAAUGUGAUACUAGUUUUAGUCAGUAUUUAGUGACAACAGACGCAUAAAAACACACAUGACUUUUUCUUGACAAACAACGAAAUUAAGGAUUUAGUGUAUGUCUCCUAAUUCUAAACUUUUCUGAUAAGAGGUCGACCUCUCAACCUCUGCACGACAGCUGAAGACUUUAUUUUGGGGGCGGCUUCUAAGGUCUAAUGUUCUAAGGAACCCCAUAGCAACCUGAGCUUUCAUGCUUUCAUUUUAUGUACACAGAGCCACAGGCUGAUGGCCUCCAGAUCACAUUGAUGCAGUAAACCCAUUAGAUCAAGGCACAAGUGAAUUUUAAAUUUGUACUAAUGAAGUUUUCUUCAGUCUUUCUAGGACUUUUUGUUUAAAUGAUCAACAUACUAUCUUUCUGGAAAAGUGCAUAUAAAUCCAAUGCAUGAUUAUUAUUAUUAUUACUAUUCUGAAGGAUCCAUAUUCUUUACAAAAUGUUUUAAAGGUUGCCAUAUAUUUCUAAUUCUUCUUCUUUGUCUUUUGCGAUAUAUGUAAUUCUUUCUAAAGGGACUUCUGACAACAUUUAUUGGAACCAUAGGUUCUUGGACUGUUAUUUUUCCCCCUGUGUUUGGCAAUACUUAUUUUUGCAAGGAUGAAACUAUGAUUUAAAAAUGCCCUCUCACCUUUGUUGUAGCUGUGUAUUUUUGAAAAUAUACCUAAUAAAUUUUUUUUUUUGGCUCCAGUGAG